GCGUGCCCCCGCCCUGCUGGAAAUGGUGAAACAUUUGCCACUGACCUCCAAUGACUGAGAAGCUCUGGGUGGGGCUGGGGGGUUGGUGGGGACGAUGUUUCCAUCAGGACAUUGCUGAAACACAAGCUGGGGUCAGACCUUGCUUGUGGUUCCCGGGGAUGUGUCCCAGCCACCUGGAGGGAGCUCCCUGCCAUGGUAACCAGCACUGAAGGGACUCAAGAGACGAUUUUACUGGCACCCAGGACAAAGCCAUGGGAACAGGGACUGUUUAGGACCGAGGACUUCCCAGGACCAUAAGGCUUCGUAUCUUGGGUUGCUUAUACGUCUCAUCUGAAAAUCAUGGAUUCAAAAAGUGAAAUCUGCGGGGAGGAAAGCCAGUGACCCCUGAGCAGCCGAGUUUGCCUGCAGGGAAUUGGGGCGUAGAGCCCCUGAGUCCUGAGCAGCCUCCUCUCCUCCUGCAGUUCUCCAGGACGGUCCUGCGGGGGUGGCACUGCGUGCAGACCAGCUGCCCAGUGUGGUUCCCCCACAUCUCUUCCUUCUGCCCCCCGCCCCCGGAAGAGCCUGAGGCUCACUGACGCCCCGCGGCCGCCCUGCAAGCUCAUCAUGCUGACAGAAAACAUGAAGCUCUGGCAUGGGUUAGUGAUUGCAGUGGUGUCCCUCGUCCUCCAGGCCUGCGUCUUCGCCGCCAUCAGCUACCUGCUCAGCAGGCACAUGGCCAAGGAGAGUGAGCGGAUACUGAAAGGGGCCAGUGUCCAGGCCCCAAGGCCCAGCCCUGCCCACCAUCAGCCACUCGCUGCCAAGGAGGAGACUCGAGGCACCCCUGGGUCUGAGCCCCGUUAUAGGCAUGACAGCGACACAUCCUCAGACAGCUCCGACAGUUCGGACAGCUCAGGCAGCUCGUCUCCAGCCCGCCAGGCCACCAAGGACAUGAAUUACACACAAGUGGUCUUUUCCACCCCUGGAGGACUGAAAAAUGAAUCUGCCCUGGACUACGAGAACAUAAAGGAAACCACAGAUUAUGUGAACGUCAAUCCCAUAAGCCGCAAGCCCAAUUUCUGGACUUCUCUGAACCCUGCUGACCCUGAGCCAGUGGAAUACACUCAGGUGGCCAUGUGAAUUCUCGGCUUUCUCGUGGGGGGCUGCUCUCUAGAAAUUCUCGCACUUAUUUUGUAGGGGAAUUACUUUUUUUUUUUUUUUAAACAAGGCAUAGGAGAAUAAGUAGGCCUGUAUCUCACUCAACAAGAAAGAUUCGGGUCAGAUGUCAGGAAGAACUUCUAGGAUAAGUAUGAAUGAGUGGAGAUAUCAGUAGAGAAAGGGGUAAAUAAAGUCUUUCUCCAUAGAAAAUUGUGAAAAACAUUUUAAUCAGCUGUAGUAGAGUUCUGUUUGGCGAUCUUACCAUUAAAUGACUCUUUGAGCUCUUUAAUGUUUGUCAACCAACAACUUCCUUCAAAGUUUUAAAUAAAAUGGCAACGGCCACUUCUUCGUUUCCUCUUGCCUCACCCGGCACGCUGCCCUUUGCAGGGCUGUGUCUUGCUGAGCAAUGCUGCUCUGCCCUCAGCACUUUAAGUAGGCCACUUAGAAGGCUCACCAUCAGUCAACCUUUGAAUUCCCUGAUUAUUAGAAACAAAGGCUGACAGAGCCCUGGUAAAUACCAACUAGCACCACAGUCUGUGAUUCCAGGGAAACAUCUCCCCAAAUUCAAUCCAAUAAAAUGCAAUAUUCUUUUC